AUCACAUCCGCCCACCUGGUGUCAUAUUGCGCAUGCGCGGUCUGGCCCGCCCUCUGCGGCUCGGGGACGAUGGCGAAACGCACGAAGAAGGUUGGGAUUGUGGGCAAGUAUGGCACUCGAUACGGAGCAUCACUCCGCAAAAUGGUGAAAAAGAUCGAGAUCAGUCAACACGCCAAGUACACCUGCUCCUUCUGUGGGAAGACCAAGAUGAAGAGGAGAGCUGUUGGUAUAUGGCAUUGUGGAUCCUGCAUGAAGACUGUGGCUGGAGGAGCUUGGGCCUACAACACCACCUCGGCUGUCACUGUGAAGUCUGCCAUUCGCCGUCUCCGGGAACUAAAGGAUCAAUAAACACAGAUCAAGGAUAUCUAAUUUACAGCCAUUUAAAUGCCAGCAUGGUAGCUAAUAAAAGGUUUAAUAAAAAAAGACA